UGGCACAGUCACCUGUGAAGCUGCCCCAGCGCCCCACAUCACAUCGCCAUGAAGCUGCUGCUCGUCUUCGCCCUGGUCGCGGUGGCCGCCGCCGAGAAGCUGGAUAACCUCGAGAAGGAGCCCAUCGCCAUCCUGCGCAUGGACAGCACAAGCAAUGAGGACGGCUCGUUCCAGUACCAGUACGAGACGGCCAACAAGAUCCAGGCUGACGUUCAGGGCCAGCUGAAGCAGAUCGGCGAGGAGUUCGGCACCGUCAUGCAGGGCUCGUACAGCUACGAGACACCCGAGGGCCAGACCGUGACCAUCACCUGGACCGCCGACGAGAACGGCUACCGCGCCGAGGGUGACGCCAUCCCCAAGGCUCCCACUGUCUAAACACCUGUGGCUACCACUGAACCUGUUGGACGAACGACCCCUCUGCCGAGAUGAGGCUCCGAUCAUACAUGUGCGCCGCGUGUGGCGGCUUCAUUACUGUCAUCUGUCGAGAAUACACAUCAAUCUCAGUA